AUGUCUCUACACGCAUCGCCACAUCCAUACUACAGUCCUACACAAUCCAUCAGGGAACGACAGGUGGCUCGUCGACAAUUGAGUGGAGAUUGGUUGGAUCCUCUUCAAGAACUGGACGAUCUUGUCAACAAUCCUGACACCUAUGACGACUACCACAACCAGUUCUCUAUCCUUGGUGCAUCUAUGCCAUCCGAUGACGAAGACCAUAGCGACCAUGACGACGACCAUGACGAUGACAACGACGACGGCAUUAGACAAAGCAACGCGGUGGAUUCUGGAUUUGCUACAACACCAUCUCAAAGUCAACAACAGCAACCAGAGCAACCACAGCAGCAGCAACAGCAACGAUCCUCACCACAACAACGAAAGGGAUUGUUAUGGCCGUAUAUCCAACCUCGUUUCGAAAGUGUUUACAUGGCAGUGACCUACGGCAUUUUCUUGUUGCUUUUCUUAUCCAAGGAGCUGGUGUAUUCAUUGUUUGCCUUUGCUGAUAUGGCGUGCUUUGCGUUGAUUGCCAACUCUUGCAUGUUCGUGUUGAAACUCUUUGGGUUCUACAAGGAUCGCGAUUAUAUCAAUCCAAGAAGGAUGCUGUUAUCAGAGGAUGAUACGGAUCAAGGGAAAGUGCGAAUGGUCUUUCGUAUAAUGGCAGGCGUGAUUUAUGCAGUGAUUCUAUCUGUAUUGUUGUUUGGGCACAAGGAAGAUAUUACAGCAUGGCGUUCAGAUGUACUUUCGAAUCGAUCUUCUCAAGCAAAGGGUGUGCACAACGCAAGACAAAACGUGGAAUUAUUCCGUGAUGCCAUCAUUUCAGUAUUACCUUCAUGGAUACCUUUGGACCCUGACACUGGACGUAUUGAUUCUCAGGAACUAAUGGAGACAAUGGAUGAUCGUUAUAUGAUUCGACAAGCUCAAUCACCCGAUUUUGCUCUUGCUACACUUGGAUCACGUGUGCUCGUCCGAUAUACAACAGCAUCAUUUGACAAAGACAGCAAAAGAGGAUGGCGAUAUGGUCUCUAUCGGUUUAUUCGGCAUCGAUCAUUCUUCCAUUCUUCACCUUCCAGCUCACCCGUCAUGGCACUCUUACCCGAUACUCAUCCUGGACAAUGUUGGCCCAUGGCUGGCCAAUAUGGAUCACUUGGUGUACGAUUGAGUCAAAGAAUAUCGGUCAACGCAGUCUCCAUUGAUCACGUGGAUCCUCAUCAAGCCAUCGACAUGAGUAGUGCACCCAAGGAUUUCGAGGUAUGGGGAUUGACAACGCAAAAGCCUACGGGUACGUGGAAAUAUCCUUGGGAUCCAGCUGCAUCUAUAAGGGGAGAAGCUGUCUAUCUCGGCAAGUUCAAGUACAACAUUGGCGACAAUGCUACUGGACCAGUUCAAACAUUCAAGCUUAAAACCGAUUCACCUCCUCUCCGGGAUAUCGUCUUUCGCUUUCUUAGUAAUUGGGACAAGGAUGAAUUUACUUGUAUUUAUCGUGUACGCGUGCAUGGCAACCUUGUAUAA